UCACAUGCGGAGGUUGGGCCCACCAGUUCCUGAGGGUUCCUGACAGCUGACGCACCAUGCGGCUGUUGAAGCAAGUUCACAAAAGCCGUUGAUUCUGGACGUAACGGGGAAGGGAGACAGUGGUCUGCAUUCUGCAAGUUCACUUCUUCGCUUUUACCUCCUGGGGUUUCGAAGGUGAGCCAUGGAUCCUCCAGCUGCGCCAAGCCCAACUGCGACUCAGCGUGAUCAAUGGAUCGUAGAAUCUCAGGUCUACAAGAUAUACGAACACUUUGCCAAUAUUCCUCCCAACGCCCAAUCCGUCAUGCUGGAGCUGCAGCGUGAUAAACACAUGGAGUUCCUGGAAAAAGGUCUUAGACAUCUGGGUUCUGCGUUUUGCGUUUUGGAUGCCAAUCGACCCUGGCUAUGCUACUGGAUCCUUCACUCCGUUGCUUUGCUGGGAGAAUCGGUUGAUGAUGAACUGGAAAAUAACACCAUUGAUUUUCUUAGUCGUUGCCAGGAUCCAAAUGGUGGGUACGGUGGGGGACCUGGCCAGAUGCCUCAUCUUGCCACAACUUAUGCUGCAGUCAAUACGCUUAUCACAUUGGGUGGUGAGAAAGCUUUGGCGUCAAUUAAUAGGUGUGAACAUGUUAUUUUUUUAUAUAUAUGAUAUUCUCAGAGAUAAAUUGUCUGGGUUUCUACAUCGGAUGAAACAGCCAAAUGGGGGAUUCAGGAUGCAUGAUUUAGGAGAAAUUGACGUUCGAGCGUGCUACACUGCCAUUUCUGUUGCAAGUGUUUUGAACAUUCUGGAUGAUGAACUGAUCCGUAAUGUUGGAGACUUUAUUUCAAGCUGUCAGACAUAUGAAGGUGGCAUUGGUGGGGAACCUGGUUCUGAGGCUCAUGGAGGGUAUACGUUUUGCGGAUUAGCUACGAUGAUUCUGAUUGAUGAAGUCAAUCGCUUGGAUCUGCCUCGUUUAACUGAGUGGGUAGUAUUCCGGCAAGGUCGGGAGUGUGGAUUUCAGGGGAGAACUAAUAAAUUGGUUGAUGGAUGCUACUCUUUUUGGCAGGGUGGCGUUGUUGAUCUAUUGCAAAGAUUAUAUUCUAUUAUUGAGAAAAAAAUGGCAACCUUAGCAGCUCAGAAAAGUGAUUGUGCUGAUGAGUGUUCACAGAUUCCUACAACAUCUGACAGAUUGGAAGGUGUGAGGAGGUCCUCUUGGGUUAAUUUCAACAACAUCGGUUGUAAUUUUCUCAAGGGACCCAGAGCAACGGAGCCUCUUUUUCACAGCAUUGCCUUGCAGCAAUACAUUCUUCUAUGCUCACAGGAGCUAGAGGGUGGAUUGAGAGACAAGCCAGGCAAGCGGAGAGAUUAUUAUCAUACAUGUUACUGUUUAAGUGGGCUUUCAUUGUGUCAGUAUAGCUGGUCAAAGGACCCAGAUUCUCCACCGUUGCCCAAGUCAGUGUUGGGCCCUUACUCUAACCUCCUUGAACCCAUCCAUCCCCUUUUCAAUGUUGUCUUGGAUCGAUACCACGAAGCCCACCAAUUUUUCUCUGGCUUCUCCUGACGGUUGACCACGUUUUAUUCUGUUAGCUAUAACUGGAACCCUGUAAUUUUUAGGCUGCAAAUUGCUUGUUUUGAGUUUCCCAUUGGAAGAAAAACAUUCUAUGGUUAUUAGCAGCUUUAUCAACUGUUUGGUACGUUACACGAAUCUUAGAAAUGAGUUACGUUG